CAACCAAAUUUUGAAGUAAAUUUCAAAGGUAAAAAAAAAAUGAAGGAGAUGAUGAAACAAAAAAUGAUGAACAGGUUUCACCGACGAAAUUCGUCUACUUCUUCAUCUGUUGAUUUCAAAUCAGCUGAAAAACUUGAAUUUACUUUCUCUAGCCUUCAAGCUCUCCAGGUACCCGCAGGUUGGGAUAAGCUUACCCUGUCUCUCAUAUCCGUAGAAUCAGAUAAAACUGUUAGCAAAACGGGUAAAGCAUCUGUAUGGAAUGGGAAUUGUAGAUGGACAGAGACGUUGUCAGAAUCUAUUUGGAUCUCUAAUGGGGACAAUUCGAAAGAGCUUCAGCAAUGCCUGUAUAAACUUCUGAUUUCAAAGGCAUCAACUCGAUCUGGCAUCCUUGGAGAAGUUACCGUUAAUUUGUCGAAUUACUUGAGUUCUGAAACUUCUCUUCCUGUUGCACUCCCACUAAAAAAGUGUGACCACGGGACUAUUUUACAGGUCGCUAUUCAGUGCUUAACUCCCAGGCCAAAUUUGAGAUGUAAAGACUCCAAUUCGCUUACAGAAGAUGUCAACUCGGAGUAUAGUGAUUUAGAUAAUAUGUCAAAUGCAUCAGACGGUACAAAUACCAAAAAUGUAGGACCUUCCAUGACCAAUAGCAUUUUUGACACGUCUCAUGCAAGAGGACUCGGUAGUAGGGAGACAAGCUCAUCAACAGUGAGAUCACAUCAUAGCUUUGAUUCAAUUGACGAAUCUUUUGGUAGGGAAAGUCCUAGUAGUAACUUGAGUGAAGUUGGAAUCGAUAUGAUUGGAAUUCCAGAAUCAACAGCCUCUCAAAGUAGCACAUUGUAUAGCCCGGUCAAUGUUUAUGAUUCUCCAAGAUCAAGUCGUUCUCCUUUCGGUUCAGGAAAAAAUAUCCUAAACCGAAGACAAGACUCAGGAAAAGCUUCACAUCCUGUUCCCGCAUCACCAUUACGAACUUUUGGUCCUGCUGAAUUUCUCGAGGCUGAAGGGUCUACACCAGAAGAACUUCGUGCAGAAGCAAGGAUGUGGGAAAGAAAUGCUAGAAAGUUGAAGGUUGACCUUGACUUGUCAAGAAAUGAGACUAUUAACCAAACAAAGAACCUGGAUAAUGCAAGUAUGGAGCUUUCUGCAUUGAGAGCAGAAUGUAAUGGACUGCAAGAUGAGAUCAAACACCUAAAAAUUCUUCUAGGCGAGUCGGAAGUGAAAGAAAGGGAUGCUGAUACUCUGAAAGUUCAGUUCCAAGAUAAAACUGAUGUCCUGGCAGAAUUGGAAGAAGAAAUUAGGUUUCAGAAAGAAUUAAAUGAGAAUUUAUCUCUACAAUUAAAUAAAACUCAAGAUUCAAAUCUUGAGCUAGUUUCUGUUCUCCAGGAAUUAGAAGAGAACAUCGAAAAACAGACGUUGGAGAUCGAGAGUUUGAAAGCAUCACAGUGGCCUACAGGUGAAUCAAAUGACAGCAUGAAAUUAGAGCUUGAUUUACAGAAAUUUCAGGAAUCACAAAGGCUGGAAAGUACAAUCAUCUAUCUAGAGAAGACUCUGGAAGAGAAAUCUCAAUGUCUACGGGAUAAUGAAUCAGAAUGGAUAGAGAAAUUAAGUCUGAAAGAUAAAGAAAUCUUCAAGUUAGAAGCUAAAUUAUCAGAAGCUCUCGCUGCAGAGAAGACUCUGGAAGAGAAAUCUCAAAGUCUACGGGAUAGUGAAUCAGAAUGGACAGAGAAAUUAAGUCUGAAAGAUAAAGAAAUCUUUAAUUUAGAAGCUAAAUUAUCAGAAGCUCUCGCUGCACCAGUGGUGAAAGAAACGGAAUCUCAUGCAAUAGAAACUCCUGAUCUUGUUAAAGAAGUUGAAGCUUUGAAAGAGAAAGUUCUAGAGCUCGAGAGAGAUUGUAACGAGCUUACUGAUGAAAAUAUAGAGCUCCUUUUUAAGCUUAAAGAAUUAAGUAAGGAUUUUUCGACCAAUGGUACUUCUGUUAGUUCUUCAUACGGUGAACGACCCAGCACCGACUCACCUAAUAUUGGAGAUUCUGAGACUGGCUGGCAGAUUAAAGGGGUGGGGGAGAAGAUGAAGCCUGGUGAAAUAGCUGCCGCCUACUUGCAAAUUCGUUGUCAUGAUCUAGAAAGCAAGUGUUUAGAGCUAGAGGUCCAAAUGGAAAGUUUUAAGGAUAGAGCUAGUCAUCUUAAUAGUGAACUUGAGAGAUACCGUGAAAAAGCAGUACAACAGGAGAGUGAGAUUGCUGCAUUGAAUCAAUUGCUGAAAUGUCAGGUAGAAGAACAACGUGCAACUUCAUUCGAUCAAGAAGAGCAGGCUGCUGAUGAAAAUAGUGUUCAAUGUGGUGAGGAAGAUAUCAAACUGAAGUCGAAAGAUAUAUACAAUGACAUGGAUGGUAGUUUUGAAGACAACGAAGACGCACUUGAAAAUCUGGUAGUUGAACUAAAAUCCAAGAUCGACGACCUUGGUAAAGAAUUAUUGGCCAAAUCCUCAGCGAUAGACGAUCUUACAUCAGACUGUUUGCUUAAGGAACAUGAGAUUCAGUCUCAAAAAGUUACCAAAAGAGAUUUGGAGACUCAAUUUUCUGAUCUGCAAAUUGUGAAUAGUGAAUUGGAGGAAAGUUUGAAGGUUUUACAAAAAGAAGUUGAUGAUACAAACGACAAACAUAUUUCUAGCAGCAAGAUUCUUGAAAAGAAGUUACUGGAGGUAGAGUCUCAUAAUCAAGAAUUGGAGUGUCACCUAGCAGAACUAGAGGAAGAUAAUCUCGACUUAUCAGGGCGCAUAUCUGGACUAGAAGCCCAAUUGAGGUAUUUAACCGAUGCAAGAGAAUCAAGUCGUUUAGAAGCUGAGCAUUCAGGGUCUCAAAUCGUGAAACUACAAGCUGAAGUCGAAAGACUGGAAAAUGAGGUAGAAACAACGAAAGUUGAUAUGAGACAGAAAGUUCAGGACAUGCAAAACCGGUGGUUAGAAAGUCAAGAAGAAUGCGAGUAUUUAAAAAAAGCAAACCCCCAAUUACAGUCCACUGCAGAAAAUCUCAUGGAAGAGUGUACAUCUCUUCAAAAGUCAAAUAGUGAGUUAAGAAACCAAAGAUUAGAGUUGCAUAAUCGCUGCACAGUUCUGGAAGCCAAAUUGAGGGAGUCCGAAGAUAAUUUUUUGAUGUUGUCAAAGAAUUUAGAAAAUUUAGAGGAACAACUAUCAUCAACACUCCAUGGAAUUUCUUCAAAAGAGAAAAAGUUUAAUUCUGAACUUGAUGGUUUACAUCUGCAAAUAAAAGAACACACGGAGAAGUGUGUUACUGGUGAGAGCUUGUUGAACCAGAUGUACUUAGAGAAGGUGGUUGAAGUUGAAAACCUUCAGAAAAAUAUAGAACACCUCAAUUUACAAAUAUCAGCAACUCAUGAUGAACGGGAUAGAAUGGCUUCAGAAGCGAUACUCGAAAUGCAUGUUUUACGUGCAGAUAAGGAUAAAUGGAUCAAAUCUAUUGCAGAACUAGAGGAAAAACUUGGUUUAUCUGAGAAAAAGCUUGAUACGGUCAAGAUUGAAUACGAAAAAGCGAAUCUUGAACUCAAAAGUGAGCUUUCUGCUUCAAGACAAAGCCAUGAAGAGCUAGUGAUCAACCAUGAGAAAUUAAUGGAUUUGUUGGAGAAUAUUAGAUCUAAUGAAGAAAAGCUGAAAAACACGGUUGCUGAGCUUUCUGGUAACCUUAAAUCUUUUGAAUACCAAGUCGUACAGUUAACCGAGGAAAAUUCAAGUCUUAAAGUCCAACUUCAAAAAAUUCCAGAGUUGCAGGAUGAAAUUGUGGCCCUCAAGAACUCACUAAAUGAAAUGAAAUAUGAGAAGGAAAGACUGGAAGCCUCAUUACAAAUGAUAUCUGGGGAUUAUGAACAAUUGAAGGAAGAGAAAACUUCACUACUUCAAAAAGCUUCGAGCAUGCACAAAGCAGUGAUUGAAUUGGAAGAUCAUAAACAUAAUAAGAUUGUUUUAGAAGAAAAACUUUUGCGCCUUCAAGGGGAUCUAGCUGCUAGAGAAGCAUUAUAUGCACAAGAUGCCGAGUUAAAAAAUGAGCUUGGGCGUUUCAAACGGUCAAACAGUCAACUACAAUGGAAGUUAAACCGUCUUCAAGAGGAAAAAAAGGAGUAUACAACGAAAUCGGAAGCCCUUGAAGAGCAGAGGGAUUUAAAACCGGAUGACAAUGAGAUCGCUACUAGUACUGUGGAUCUUUCCACCGUAUCAGAUACUACUGGUAGUCUUCAUGAGGACAUUAAGCAUACAGAGGAGGUGGAAGCUAAUAAAGUUGAUGAAUCCUCAAGAAUCAAAUCACUGGAGAUUGCACUUGCUGAGGCUUUGGAGUCUAAUGAAAUGUAUAAAGUACAGCUUAAGAGUUUCUUGUCUGAGGGACAAGUUAGGCAGUCAGACGGUCCUGUAAAGUUGGAAGUUAAAGAUGACCCGAUCAACAAAGAAUAUAAGCUCGAGGCCGAGUUGAAUGAACUUCAAGAGCGAUACCUCAACAUGAGCCUCAAGUAUGCAGAAGUAGAAGCUCAGCGUGAAGAUCUUGUCUUGAAGCUAAAGGCAGUUGGUCCUGGAAGAAGCUGGUUUCAUAAAUCCUAGGUGAACUCUUCCUUUUUUCGUUACUUAUAAUUAUUAUUCAUGAAAUCACAUCAGUUAUCUGAGGAAGAAAAAGAGCUUUUGUCUUGAGAAUCAGGAAUGAUGCAAUACAUUAGACCUGUAAAGUAAAUAGAAAUUUGUUGAGGUAUAUAGUACGAUUUUAAUGAAACCAUAUCUGAUUGAAGAGGAAUUGUUCUCUUUGUUCUGCACUUAAAGUCUUAGGGAGAAAAUCUCUGCCUUCUGCGUUGUAUGACCUGUAAAAUGUAAGAUACAAUCUCGGAGUUGUUUUUGUGUUGGCAGUUGUCUUA